UUUUGUUGCCACCAGAGGGUAUAAACAGACAUAGAAUACAACAACAUGUGGUCACUUUUAUUCGGAGGUAAUAGUCAAGCUAAGAAAGACCUUCCUAAGAAGGCAAUAGUGGAGUUACGAGAACAUAUACAAACCUUAAACAAGAAGAAAUCCCACUUGGAACAACAAAUGGCUGAUCAAGAUGCCAUGGCCAGAAAAUACGUUGCCAGUAAGCAAAACAACUUGGCAAAGAAUGCAUUAAAGAGAAAGAAAGGUUAUGAAGCAAAUUUAAUGAAGGUUGAGAAUCAAAUUGAAACAUUGGAAACUCAACUCAUAUCUAUAGAAGGGGCCAACUUAAACUUGGAAACCAUGAAGGCCAUGAAACAAGGGGCAUCUGCUAUGAAACAAAUACAUGGCGAAUACAAUGUUGAUAAGGUUGAAGAUACGAUGGAUGAGAUUAGAGAACAAGUUGAAUUGGCCGAUGAAAUCAGUGAAGCUAUUUCAAGACCUGUUGGUAACGAAUUCGUUGAUGAAGAUGAAUUAGAAGAAGAAUUGGCUGCAUUACAAGAAGAACAAGCUGAACAAGAAGCCGCGCCAGUUCAAAAGGUUCCUGCUCAAAAGGUUGAACAAUUGCCUGAAUUCCCAACCGUUAAUAAGACCGUUCCUGCUGCUCCAGUCGAGGAAGAUGAAGACGAAGAAGCUUUGAAAGCAUUGCAAGCAGAAAUGGGAUUGUAAACUUGCUGAUUCAUUUCUUUGGUGUUGCAUUAAGUUGAAGGGAUUGUUGUUAUAUAUAUACACACACCGGUACUACUAUUACUAGAUACUAUUUCUUUAACAGGUAGUGAAGAGAAGAUAAAUCAAGAUCUUACUUCUUCUUGGUUUCUUUCUUCUUUUUUUUACCUUCCUAUAGUUACCAUUCAUAGUUGUUAUUAAUACAUUUACAGAAACAUAUAAAGCU